CGCUCGUCUGUCCGCAUGUGUCCGAUGGUGGGCAUGUCCUGACGACGCCGACGCGAGACGGACGCCUCGUUUCUUUUCGAACUUUUCCGUCCCUGCCUGCCGCGUACAUACGCACUACAAGCACGCACACCGGGCGAUGCAGCUCGUGGAUACGACAAGAAGACGCAGCAGACCGAGACAGCGACGAAAAGAUUUCCGAGAUGAUCGCGUAAUAAUUUCGAGCGUGGUUUCCCAUGCUUGAUGGACUAUUUCUUGAGUUGUGGCACGCGUGAAAUAAACGAACAGCAUUGUGGUUGUUAAAGAGAGUCGAAGAAAUACACUCGGAUUUGUUUCAAUUGUUUUACACUAUUUUAGACCUUGUAAUUUGAAACUCUGAAAAUGAGAGAAUGCACAUGGGACAGAAUCGAUGCCAGUUGUGUUAGUGUAUUAAGCUCAAUGCCAGAAAAGGAUCUUGCCUUGAGACAGUGAAGGAAAUGCAAGAUAAUAGAUGUCAGAGACAGGGGAGGAACGUGCUGUUAGAUUGUAUACGGCUGCGGAGAUAAUGAAAAACGCCAGAGCCAAGGAAACUGAGGAGCAGGCGGCCUUGAGGAGGAUGCAGGAGGCUCAGCGGAUGGCUAGGCAUCGCGCCAAGAAAAAGCGUUGCCUCGACGAAAAUCUCGCGCGGGAAAUUUCUAAGAUCGCCGAACUGUCCAAGACUCCCAUUCCCGAUUCCACUAUGAUAGCCCAGAUGUCAGAGAUGAAUAUGAAUAAGAUAUCUGCAGAAUUGAAGCAAAUGAUGGAGAGGGGAAAAGUACCUGAGCAUAUAGUUCAAAUGGCUCAACUGGCGGAGUUUAACAAAAUGAAUUCUGAGUUAAGCAAGAUGUCACAGGACAUGGCGAAAAGGUACGAAAUGGAAAAGAUGGCAGAAUACGCCAAGACUACGGAGUACAUAAAGAUGCAGGAGAUCGCCAAGAUGAACGAGAUGGUGAAACUUUCUGAGAUGGCCAAGUAUAACGAUAUCACCAAGAUCAACGAGAUGGCGAAGAUGAAUGAGAUGAUGAAGAUAUCACAGAUGGCCAAAAUCAAUGAGGUACAGAGAAUGAAUGAGAUAGCAAAGCUGAAUGAGAUGGUGAAAAUGACGGAGAUGGCGAAAUACAAUAAUGACAUCACAAAGCUGACUGAAUUCGCGCAGAUUAAUGAGAUGGCGAAGGAAAUCGCGAAGAUGAAUGAGAAGACGAAGAUGAACGAGAUGAUGAAGAUGGCGAAUAUGCAAAACGACAUCGUCAAGAUGGAGAGAGCGGAUUAUCAGAAUGUCAAAAUGACAAAUGAGAUGGUGAAGCUGAACGAGCUGGCCAAGAUGAAUGAGAUAACGAUCACGAAGUUGAACGACCCGCCGAAAAUACCUGAAAUCCCACCGCUGCCACCGCCGCCGCGUAUCCCCGAACCUGUGAUCACCGUGCCAAAUCCAAGGAAUCUGCAGAAUGUGCAGACCGUGCAAGUGGCACAAGCCAGCCCGUCCAGCGUGCUUAACUACCAGACUGUGCCCGGCCAGAACAAUUACGGCAAAUUGUUAAAUAUCAUCGAGGAGCUCGGCAGGGAUAUCCGUCUGUCGUACGCUGGCAGUCGCAGUGCUGCCGAAAGGCUGAAGAAUGGCAUUCAGCAGGCCAGAAUCGCCGUGCGGGAUUGCCUGCACGAGACGCAGCACAACGCGCAACAAUGAUCUAUCGACGCGAACUAGAUAGCGAUUAGACUACUUUAUAGCCUUCUGUCAUUUCACGAGACGUUGCUUUGUACGAAUUGCUUACAUUCGGACUGUGGUAUUAAACACGACGGUAUAUACAUACACUUGUAUAAUAGAUUGAAAUUCCAUUGCAGACAUGAAGACAACAUUGGUAAGAGAGAGCAAUAGUUGGUCAGAUGCUUUCCUUGUUCAAUUGUGUAGUUGGAUUGGUAGAGAAGAGAAAUAGCCUUUUUUUGUAACAGAAAAGCAACGGACUAUGUAUAUCUCUAUCCUUCAAUGUUGUCUUCAGCUGCCACAUAUGAAUGCGCAGUAUAUUAUAAGUUUAUGGGUAUACACGAUGAUGGACGUACAUAUAUAGGUCGAGCAUUUUUUUCUUGAACAAAGCCUUGAAUGCUAUUUUUUUCCAUUCUACGUAUCGCGUGCGGUCUCUUUUACUCUGUCUUCUCAACUCGAUUCUUGCAUGUACGUCAUUCAAACAGCUGACAGUUUUCUACUUUUAAGUUGCAAUUUAGUACAUAGAAAUAAAAGGGAAGGUACCACAAUUUGUAUACAUAUACACUGUACUACUUAGAGAAUAUUAGAGAGUCUUGUAGUUUAUAUUUUAUUAAAAAAAAGAAGACAGAAGAAGAUAAUUAUACCAUAAUUUUUGUUAAGACUCGCUGCAAGUUUUUAGUAUACAUUUUGAGAAAAAAAAGGAAAAGGAGAAUGCAAGAUAAAAGCUUUUCAAAUAUGUAUCUAAUGGAAAGUAUAAUCCUCCGUAAAUAUAUCCCAUAAUACAUCGUUAAAUAAAUAAAAAUUUUGUAUACAA